AUGAGAAGGGAACUAUUUAUCCAGUCUCUAAGCUCCCCUAGGCGAGACGAGAUUGUAGCACUACGGCUCCAAGUUGCGCAGGUCCAGACUGAAGUGGUCUUGAUACAGAACGCAGAGCUCUUGAUCACCCGAGACAGAGAGGGAAAACAGAGGCUGAUUAUUGUCAGCGAGAACAAGUGCACAAUACUCAACCAAGCCCUACCUGAUGAUUGCUUCACCGCGGUUCGGAAAAGUCCCAGUUUCAGCGCCCCAACAUGGCUUGUUCAGAUGAAAAGUGAUGGAAAUCAACAGGUAUUUCACUACCCGAAGGGAUUUCGAAUGCUCAGGUUUCAUGACAAUAAUGCUACAAGAAUGUUUCAACUGGGGCGCGAGGCACUCUCUCAGAGCGAGGGAAAAGCGAAUUUACCCAUCAGGAAUCGACCUGAUGAAAGUGGGGGCCAGAUUGAACUUGACCGCAGUGUGUGA